CAACCCAAAAAAACGAAGCACACCGGUGAAACUCCCACCAGAACCCCAAAACCCCUCCUCCGCUUCCCGUCUCUCCCCAGAUUGCCCACUCGCGGCCGAGACGCCAGCCCCAUUCCGCGGCGUGGAGCCCCGAAUUCCCAAUCUCAAAAAAACCCAUCGCGCCUCGCGCACACGAGUGAGUAGAACUGUAGAAGCAGCCGAGGAGGAGGAAGCGGGUAAGGCCGUGGAGGAGGCGGAGGGGCCAGUGCUGGGUGUCCGAUCGUUGCCACGAGAGGUAGAGGAGAAUUGGAGGAGGGCGACGAGCGGGAACGAUCAGGUAGCAAACCCUCUCCCAUGGCUGUCUCCGAGGAAAAGGCGCAGGGAUGCCGCAGCAGCGGCGCGGCCGCCACUCCCGUGACGCCCAACGGCGGCGCUGUGAUAGAGGAGAUCACGGAUUCCCCGUCCACCACCGCUAAGGCCUCGUCCAAAGGAAUCCCAAUCAUGACGAGGGCCCAGAGAAGCCACCCUUUAGACCCAUUAUCUGCUGCUGAAAUUGCUGUGGCUGUAGCAACUGUUAGAGCUGCUGGAAGAACUCCUGAAGUACGAGACAGCAUGCGUUUUGUUGAAGUUGUGCUCCUGGAGCCAGAAAAGAAUGUUGUGGCAUUAGCUGAUGCGUACUUUUUUCCACCAUUCCAACCAUCUCUGCUUCCCAGAACAAAAGGUGGUCCUGUCAUCCCAAGCAGGCUCCCACAUAGGAGGGCCAGACUUGUUGUCUACAACAAACAAACAAAUGAGACUAGCAUUUGGGUUGUCCAACUCUCUGAAGUGCAUGCUGCUACUAGGGGUGGACACCACAGAGGCAAGGUUAUAUCGUCAGAAGUUCUUCCAGAUGUUCAGCCUGCAAUGGACGCAAUGGAAUAUGCUGAAUGUGAAGCUACAGUAAAAGAUUUCCCCCCUUUUAUUGAAGCCAUGAAGAAAAGAGGCAUUGAUGACAUGGAACUUGUCAUGGUAGAUGCAUGGUGUGCAGGCUAUUAUAGUGAUGCUGAUGCUCCCAACAGAAGACUUGGCAAGCCUCUAAUAUUUUGUAGAACUGAAAGUGAUAGCCCUAUGGAGAAUGGCUAUGCCCGUCCUGUUGAAGGGAUCCAUGUUAUUGUUGAUAUGCAGAAUAAUGUUGUAAUAGAAUUCGAAGAUAGGAAGUUUGUCCCUCUCCCCCCACCAGAUCAUUUGAGAAACUACACUCCUGGGGAGACACGAGGUGGUGUCGAUAGAAGCGAUGUGAAGCCUCUUAUUAUCAGUCAACCUGAAGGCCCAAGUUUCCGUAUUACUGGCUCUUUUGUAGAGUGGCAGAAGUGGAAUUUCCGUGUUGGCUUCACACCCAAGGAAGGUUUAGUUAUCCAUUCUGUUGCAUAUGUUGAUGGAAACCGUGGACGUCGUCCAAUCGCUCACAGGCUGAGUUUUGUUGAAAUGGUUGUUCCUUAUGGAGAUCCGAACGAACCACAUUACCGGAAGAAUGCAUUUGAUGCUGGAGAAGAUGGGCUUGGAAAGAAUGCACACUCUCUUAAGAAGGGAUGCGAUUGCUUGGGAUACAUAAAAUACUUUGACGCACAUUUUACGAAUUUUACUGGUGGUGUGGAGACAAUUGAGAAUUGUGUUUGUUUACAUGAGGAGGACCAUGGAAUCCUCUGGAAACAUCAAGAUUGGAGAACAGAAUUAGCUGAAGUUAGACGAUCACGCAGGCUUACUGUCUCGUUUAUUUGCACAAUUGCUAACUACGAAUACGGAUUCUAUUGGCACUUUUAUCAAGAUGGUAAGAUAGAAUCUGAAGUAAAGCUUACCGGGAUUCUAAGCUUGGGAGCUCUAAUGCCCGGGGAACAAAGGAAAUAUGGCACAACUAUUGCUCCUAGUUUGUAUGCACCAGUUCAUCAACAUUUCUUUGUUGCCCGUAUGGACAUGGCAGUGGACUGCAAACCAAAUGAAGCUUAUAAUCAGGUGGUUGAGGUAAAUGUUAAAGUUGAAAGUUCAGGCCCAGAUAAUAUGCAUAGCAAUGCCUUCUAUGCCGAAGAAGAGAUUCUGCAAUCUGAGUUACAGGCCAUGCGUGAUUGUGACCCUUCCUCUGCACGACAUUGGAUUGUAAGGAACACAAGGACCGUAAAUCGUACUGGGCAGCCAACAGGUUACAAGCUCAUACCUGGUUCAAAUUGUCUGCCAUUCUGCCUGCCGGAGGCAAAGUUCCUGAGAAGAGCUGGGUUUUUAAAGCAUAACCUUUGGGUUACAUCAUACAAAAGUGAUGAGAUAUUCCCUGGAGGAGAUUUUCCUAAUCAGAACCCGCGCAUCCAUGAGGGUUUAGCUACAUGGGUCAAGAAGGAUAGAUCCUUAGAGGAAACCAACAUAGUUCUCUGGUAUGUUUUCGGGAUAACCCAUAUCCCAAGGCUCGAAGACUGGCCUGUCAUGCCAGUGGAACGCAGCGGCUUCAUGCUCAUGCCUCAUGGAUUCUUCAACUGUUCACCUGCUGUCGAUGUUCCUCCUGCAUCCGAUGUGGACGCCAAGGAAGCUGAGACGCCAAAGGACAUCCAAACCGAGCUCAUUUCAAAGCUGUGAGGCCCGGGACCGGAGAAUCGUGUGGUUACUCCUUUGGAUUGACAUGCCGUGUACGCCCUUCUGAUACGCUGCAGCAGCUUCUUGCCGUGAGCUGAAUUCACUGUGUGCGAUUGAUUUGCUCUUACGUAUGAUUUUUCUGUUUUUCUGAUUGGCGAUUAGAACUGGUACUGAAGUUGCCAAGUUGGACUCCAAUUUUGUGUCCGGCAAUGGACAAGAACUGGGGCACUUGUUCAGAGUCAGCGCUGUUACCUCUCAUCAAA